AUGCUUACGGGUAGAAAUCGAGCUGUUUUGUUGGGGUCUGAUGGUUCUAAUGAAUUUGGGGGAGGAGCUCAAAGAAAUCAUCACCAUAGAGAACAACUACUUCCCAAUCAUAUAGCAACAGCUACAAUAGCAGCAAGUGCCACAGCAGCAGUAGCCCCCUCCUCUAUAUCUUGGAGUACUUCACUUCCCCCUCCUCACCCUCCAUCUCUUCCUCCACAUCCCCCUCCUGUAAUGACAGUUACAGGAACACCUCCAAUAGCUAGAGCAGAAAGUAUUUGUGAGGAAAUUUUGGAAAGAAAUACAAAUAGUCCAACAUUUCCUUUAAAUGCUACGAGAAGAAGAUCAUCAGAUUGGCAAUGUAUUGCUGUACCUACAAGUUCGAAAAGCCAUCAUCAAUAUAUUUAUGUAAAGCGAGGAAGUGCUGAUGCUGCUUUCUUUCGUAAUGAAAAAGGCGGACGUUCUUCUAAUGCUGCACUUGCAUUAAAUGCUUUAGCGAGUAUAUUCCACCGUUGUGAUGAAGAAACUCAAAUACAAUUACGAGAAGCAAUGCGUAUUCUUUCUUCUUCAGAACUUUAUACUCCAACAAUUACUCGUUUUAGAGAAAAUGAUAGAAUAGCUAGUGGAUAUUAUGAUGGAUUAAUUAGGUUACACCAUCCAACUCGUCAACGUAAACGUUCUGUAGUAGAAGCAUAUCGUGACCAUCAACAACGUAGAGCAUCUAGCGGUAGUUGUAUUAGUGGAUUAACAACAUUAGGAGUAGGAGGAGGAACUUCUUUACAAGAACAAAAACAAAAUUUAAAACGUCUUCACAAAAAUGGAGAAGAAGAAAAGGAAGAAGAAGAGGAGGAGGAAGAAGAAGGAACAAAUAAUUUAUUAGAAAAUAUUAUUUUUAAACAAAAAGGGAGGAGAGUGUCGGCAGAAAUAUUUAAAGUUUUGGAGAAAGAACAUUGCUGGGAUUUUGAUGUUAUUGAAUUAGAAAGGGUUACAGAUUCACAUCCUCUGGCUAAUUUAGGGUUUAAAGUUUUUGAAAGAUGGAGUGUUUGUGAAGCUUUACAUUGCUCUUCUGAUGUAUUACACAAAUGGUUAACAAUAAUCGAAGCCAAUUACCAAUCUGGCAAUGCUUAUCACAAUGCUACACACGCUGCUGAUGUAUUACAAGCAACUUCUUAUUUUCUUUCUUCUGAUCCAGUUGGUCAAUUAAUUCAAGAUAAUCAUGCAUUGGCAGCAUUAAUAGCAGCAACAGUUCAUGAUUUAGACCAUCCUGGGAGGGGAAAUGCUUUUUUAAUGAAUACCAGACAACGAUUAGCUAUUUUAUAUAAUGACCAUUCUAUUUUGGAAAAUCAUCACGUAGCAUUAGCCUUUCAAUUAACACUUUCUCAACCCGGCGUUAACAUUUUUGCCCAAAUGCCACGUGAUGAUUUUGUUCAAAUGCGUCAAUCAGUUAUUGAUAUGGUUUUGGCAACAGAUAUGAGUAGACAUUUUGAACACUUGGCUAAAUUUCAACAAUUAAUGGCUAUAUUACCUGGAAAUGCUGAUGAAGAAGCUGAACAGGAAGAAGAGGAGGAUAGGGAUACAAAUUCAAUGAUUAUUUGUAGAAUGAUGGUUAAAUGUGCGGAUAUUGCCAAUCCAACACGAGAAUGGAGAUUAUGUCAUGAAUGGGCUUUACGUAUUGUACAAGAAUAUUUUGAUCAAACAGCAGAGGAAGUUGAAAGAAAAUUACCUGUUACAAUGAAAGGAUUUGAUAGAGAAACCUGUAAUGUUCCUUUGACACAGUGUACAUUUGUUGAUAUGUUUGCCAGAGAAACAUUUACUGGAUGGUGCGAAUUUGCUGCCUUACCUCACUUGUUAACCCGUUUAGAAGAAAAUUAUGAAAGAUGGAAAACACAAGCUUCUGAUUGGGAACCACAACGAAAUAACGAUAAUGCUAAUUUACUUGCUUUGAGAGAAAAGCAAUGGAGAAGGAUAAGUAAUGGAUAA